AUGGAUCCGAUGGACGUGCCAGUCCCCGACUUAGAUAAAUUAUUUGAACGAGAUGGGUAUUUAAAGCCCUAUGAACGGGAAAUUCGUCGUCGAUAUGGGUGCUUCAAGGAUCUAUGGCACCUAAUUGAAUCGUGGGAGGGUGGUGUGGAUGGAUUCACAAGGGGAUACCGAUACUUCGGACCACAGUUUAAUUCGGACGGGUCAGUCACAUGGCGGGAAUGGGCGCCGGGAGCUCAUUCUUUACAUUUGCAAGGAGAUUUUAAUGGCUGGAACUCAAGAAGUCAUCCAUUCAAAAAAUUAGAGUUUGGCAAGUGGGAGCUUCAGAUACCGCCCAAUGCGGACGGUUCUUGUGCGCUGAAACACCAAACACGCGUGCAGCUCAUAGUAAAUGAACACCUGUACAGAGUUUCACCUUGGGCGAGCUACGUGAAGCCAUUUGAGGGUUUCACAUAUCAACAGUUUAUAUACAAGCCGGAUCAGCCAUAUAAAUUCAAACAUCCUAAAGUGGACAGACCAGCAUCUCUGCGUAUUUACGAGAGCCAUGUGGGCAUCGCCACCUCCGAAGGGCGUGUGGGAACUUACAAAGAGUUCACAGACAAUGUGCUACCGAGAAUUAAGAAACAAGGCUACAACGCAAUUCAAUUAAUGGCUAUAAUGGAGCAUGCUUACUAUGCUUCCUUUGGAUAUCAAGUCACCAGUUUCUUCGCAGCAAGCAGCCGAUAUGGUACCCCCUGCGAAUUGAAACAGCUAAUCGAUCGAGCUCACGAGAUGGGUCUGUACGUUCUUCUGGACGUCGUGCACUCACACGCAUCCAAAAACACGCUGGACGGCCUGAACGAGUUCGACGGUACCACUGCCUGCUACUUCCAUGAUGGGCCGCGAGGCACUCACACGCUGUGGGACAGUCGCCUCUUUAACUACUCAGAAACUGAGGUGCUAAGGUUCUUGUUAUCGAACCUGAGAUGGUAUCAAGAAGAAUAUCAAUUUGAUGGUUUCAGGUUCGACGGGGUUACAUCUAUGCUUUACCAUAGCCGUGGCAUCGGUGAAGGCUUUUCCGGUCACUAUGAUGAAUAUUUUGGCUUAAACGUGGAUACAGAAGCUCUAGUUUACCUCAUGCUUGCCAACGAGCUCAUUCACAAACUUGAUAGCAGGGCUAUCACAAUUGCAGAGGACGUGUCUGGCAUGCCGGCAUCAGGACGACCAGUACACGAGGGCGGUACAGGCUUCGACUACCGUCUAGGCAUGGCCAUCCCCGAUAUGUGGAUCAAGCUGUUGAAGGAAGAACGGGACGAAGAUUGGAAGAUGGGCUACAUCGUGCACACACUCACCAACAGGCGUUGGAUGGAGGGUACCGUCGCUUAUGCUGAGAGUCACGAUCAGGCGUUGGUAGGCGACAAGACAAUCGCGUUCUGGCUGAUGGACGCGGCGAUGUACAGCCACAUGAGUAUUAUCAGCGAGCCUAAUCCAAUUGUGGAGCGCGGGCUCGCUUUGCACUGUAUGAUACGACUCAUUACUCAUGCGCUCGGCGGAGAGGCAUACCUCAAUUUUAUUGGUAAUGAAUUCGGUCACCCUGAGUGGCUGGACUUCCCGCGUGCUGGUAACAACUCCUCGUAUCACUACGCGCGUCGGCAAUGGCAUCUCGUCGACGAUCCUCUUCUCAAAUAUAAGUUUCUUAACGAGUUUGACCGCGACAUGAACGAUUUGGAAGAGAAACAUGGAUGGCUGAGAUCUGAUCCGGCCUAUGUGUCAUGCAAACAUGAAGGUGACAAGGUAAUAGCGUUCGAGAGAGCUGGCCUGUUGUUUGUAUUCAACUUCCAUCCAUUCCAGAGCUUCACGGACUACAGAGUUGGGGUCAAUGUGUCCGGAAAAUACCAGGCCGUUCUAUGUUCGGAUAGCAAAAAGUAUGGUGGGUUUGGCCGCGUGGAACCUGAGGGCGAGUUUCAUUUAACGCAGAAUAUGCCUUGGGGCAACCGCAAUGACUCAAUACAGGUUUACAUCCCUUCCCGUACUGCGAUUGUGUAUGCAAGAUGCGAUUAG